GCCUCUCAAGUCUCAACCUAAAAUCAGGCUAAUUCCACUGUCACCUCUAAUGACAAAAUGGCAACCGACUCGCAGCUCCGAGCGUGUUAAUGGAAUCCCGGCCGUAUAAAAUGAAUGUACUAAUAGAAAUCUAUGGAGUGGGGAACCGUACAUAGAGAGACUCGAGAGAGCGGACAAAGACAGGUUCUCUUCCCCCUCUCCCCCCGUCUCUCCCCCGCGCAAAACCCUCGAUUUCCUCUCGCCGGAACCCUCGCCUCCUCAACUCCUCCACUGCUGCGUCCGCCGUUGAGGUGCAUAUGGUUUCACCUUUGCGCAAGCGUCUUUCUUCUAGAUUGUAGUAUUGGCUUUCUAUGAAAAUGGCAUGGCCCGAAGUGGAUGUAGGUAAUGGGAGAGGGAGAGAUAGUCUGGUAUCUGAGAUUGACUGCAUUAAAGGGAUGGGAACGUUAUCUGAUGCAGUUGAUUCUCCAGCCCAAUCUAAUCCUCUAGGGAUUAAAUUUGAAGGGAAGGAUGCUCUUUCUUAUGCCAAUAUACUCCGUUCUCGAAACAAAUUUGGAGAUGCUCUUGUGUUAUAUAACAUUGUUCUAGAAAAAGAAAGCGACAACCUAGAAGGCCUUGUUGGAAAAGGGAUUUGUCUCCAGGCACAGAAUCUGAACCGGCAAGCUUUUGAGAGCUUUAUGGAAGUUAUUAAGUUGGAUCCGCAAAAUGCUUGCGCUCUCACUCAUUGUGGAGUUCUGUAUAAGGAUGAAGGUCGUCUUCUUGAAGCUGCUGAGUCAUAUCAGAAAGCUCUUAAGGUGGACCCCUCAUACAGACCGGCUGCGGAAUGCCUUGCAGUUGUCCUGACGGAUAUUGGUACCAGCUUAAAACUUGCUGGGAACACGGAGGCUGGUAUUCAAAAGUAUUGUGAAGCACUUAAUGCAGACAGUCGAUAUGCUCCUGCAUAUUAUAACCUUGGAGUGGUUUACUCUGAGAUGAUGCAAUUUGAUUUGGCCCUUACUUGUUAUGAGAAGGCUGCCUUGCAAAGGCCUAUGUAUGCAGAAGCAUACUGCAACAUGGGGGUCAUCUAUAAGAAUCGUGGGGACCUAGAAACUGCUAUUGCUUGUUAUGAAAGGUGUUUGGCUGUAUCUCCAAACUUUGAGAUUGCAAAGAAUAAUAUGGCAAUAGCUUUGACUGAUUUGGGUACGAAGGUUAAACUUGAGGGUGAUAUAUCCCAGGGUGUGGAAUUAUACAAGAAAGCUUUGUGUUACAAUUGGCGCUAUGCAGAUGCAAUGUAUAACUUGGGUGUAGCAUAUGGAGAAAUGCUGAAAUUCGACAUGGCAAUUGUAUUCUAUGAACUUGCAUUGCACUUCAAUCCCCAUUGUGCGGAGGCAUGCAACAAUUUAGGAGUGAUAUACAAAGAUAGGGAUAAUCUUGAUAAAGCUGUGGAGUGUUAUCAGAUGGCAUUGUCUAUCAAACCCAACUUCUCGCAGUCACUAAACAAUCUUGGGGUUGUUUAUACUGUUCAGGGUAAAAUUGAUGCUGCAGCAGGCAUGAUUGAGAAAGCUAUUGCUGCAAAUCCUACUUAUGCUGAAGCAUACAAUAACUUGGGGGUUCUAUAUAGAGAUGCAGGCAAUAUUAACUUGGCUAUAGAAGCAUAUGAGAGAUGUCUUGAGAUAGAUCCCGAUUCAAGGAAUGCGGGUCAGAACCGACUACUUGCAAUGAACUACAUAAAUGAGGACUCCGAUGAAAAGCUGUUUGAAGCGCACAGGGAAUGGGGAAGACGUUUUAUGAGGCUUUAUCAACAAUACACAAGUUGGGAUAAUCCUAAAGUUAUGGAUCGACCACUAAUUAUUGGAUAUGUUUCCCCUGAUUAUUUUACUCAUUCUGUGUCAUAUUUCAUUGAGGCGCCCCUUUCAUACCAUGACUAUACCGAAUACCAAGUUGUUGUUUACUCGGCAGUUGUGAAGGCAGAUGCCAAAACAUUCAAAUUUAAGGAAAAAGUUCUUAAAAAGGGUGGCCUAUGGAGAGAUAUCUAUGGUGUUGAUGAAAAAAAGGUUGCUCACAUGGUAAGAGAGGAUAAGGUUGACAUACUUGUGGAGCUUACUGGCCAUACUGCAAACAACAAGUUAGGAACUUUGGCUUGUAGACCUGCUCCUGUUCAGGUAACUUGGAUUGGAUAUCCAAAUACAUCUGGUUUACCUUCUGUUGAUUAUAGAAUCUCAGACUCAUUUGCAGACCCACCUACUACCUGUCAGAAGCAAGUUGAAGAGUUGGUUCGACUAUCUGAAUGCUUUCUUUGCUAUACGCCUUCUCCCGAAGCUGGUGUUGUUUCUCCCACCCCUGCACUUUCAAAUGGUUUUAUUACGUUUGGGAGCUUUAACAAUUUAGCAAAGAUUACUCCCAAAGUAUUAAAAGUCUGGGCAAAGAUAUUAUGUGCAGUCCCAAAUUCUAGGCUGAUUGUGAAGUGUAAACCAUUUUGCUGUGAUAGUAUCAGGCAGAGGUUCCUCUCAAUACUUGAGCAACUAGGUGUUGAGCCUUUGCGUGUGGAUCUCGUACCUUUAAUUCUUCUAAAUCAUGAUCACAUGCAAGCAUAUUCACUAAUGGAUAUCAGUUUAGAUACGUUUCCAUAUGCGGGUACAACUACUACAUGUGAAUCUUUGUACAUGGGUGUUCCAUGUGUCACUUUGGCUGGAUCCGUUCAUGCUCAUAAUGUUGGUGUUAGCCUUCUUAGCAAUGUUGGUUUGGCGCAUUUGGUCGCGAAAACUGAAGAUGAGUAUGUCCAGUUGGCAGUGAAGCUAGCAUCAAACGUCUCUUCUCUUUCCGAGCUGAGAAUGUCUCUCCGUGAACUAAUGCUUAAAUCUCCUCUUUGUGAUGGCCUAAAGUUCACCAAGCAUUUGGAGUCCCUUUACAGGACUAUGUGGCACCGAUACUGCCGAGGGGAUUCUCCAUCUCUUCAUAAAAUGGAAGCUCUGCAGCAUGAACAGCACACCCAUUCUGACAAGAUCACAGUUAUUUUUUCCGAAGCCACUAAAACAACUCUUGUGGAAGAACACCACCAUCUUUCACCUGAGGCCAACGGUCAUGUCCUCGUCGCAUCUUCCGGCGAAACGCAUAGCAGCCCUGAUAAGAACAUAGCAAAUGGAGGCUUGAAUUGAAUCAGAAAGCAUUGUUGAGGUUUAGAGUGCCUUCAGGCUUCUCUUUGGCAUGUCUGUGCCAACAAUUCCAUUUGGGAUUUCUUCCAUUUUUCCCUGCAACUGAUGGGUGAGAGCUUCCAUGGAGAGAUGAUGGUAAAUAUAGUUAGAAUGGAGUUUUGAUGUGAAAUGAUGAAGGGGUUGGCCUUAGAAAUACAAUUGAUGUAGUAGAUGCAUGAUUGUUAUAAUAGAACAUGUCUAGUGGACAAAAAGGGAAAUUGUUCUUUCUCAAGAAAAGAAAGAAAUUGAUUGUGCCCUUGUAAAAUCUGCUUAGCCAGAAUUUGAGGAAAUGGAUCACUUGUUUCAGUUCAACACUGCGCGGUUGUGCGUUAAGCAUUUAGCUCAA